AAUUUUCUGAAGGGGCAUAAAUGAGGCUGGAUUUAUAAAUUUAUAUGCAAAAGUAUAUUCUAAUUUAUAAAAUGGACUCGAGCUUAAAAGAGCUGCAAUAAUUUUCCAUCAUUUGAAUAUGAAUUCAAAAAAUGAGGAGAAUGAGGGAAUAAUCGUUGAAAGAUUUAAAAAAGACUAUAAUGAACAAUUCUUUAUUCUUAUUAGGAUGCAUUUGUCGUUUUUAUUAGAUGCACAUACAGAUGAUAAUGAUUCCCUGCCUGAAAAAUCAAGAAUUAAAAAAUGGAAUUUAGUACCAUUUGCUAAAAAGUCAAAACUACGGGGAGUCGGAGAAGGUGCUCCUCUAACACAGGAAGGAAUAUGCCAAAUAUUUCAAUUAAUAGAAUACCUUAAGUUAGAAGAAAAUAUUAAGAGUGAAGGUAUAUUUAGAAAAACUGGUUCCAUUGAAAGACAACAUGAGUUAAAAUGUUUGUUAAACCAUGGUUCAACUUUAGAUGUUGGAUGUGGCAGCUAUAGUGUACAUGAUUGUGCCUCAGUUCUUAAGGGCUUUUUGCAGGAAUUACCUGAACCUCUGUUGACAGAGCUUCAUUUUCCUGUUUAUUGUCAAUUAGCAGAACUAUACUACAUCAACAAUGAAAUACCACAAGAACAAAAACUUCUGGAAGCUCUGCAAUUACUUCUGCUUCUCCUGCCACCAGAAAAUAAACUCCUUCUGAAAGACAUCCUACAUCUCCUGUAUCAGACCGCUUCAUAUGAAUCUCAGAAUAAGAUGUCUUCAGAUAAUUUAGCAAAACUUUUCACCCCUCAUUUGUUGUGUCCAAGGAGUUUAUCACCUACCAUGUUGUUGAAGGUAUCCCAACCCCUUUUUGGAAUAGUCAGUUUUAUGAUUAAGAGGUUUCCAGACAUGUUUAAAGUUCCUGCAAAGUUAAUAGUCGAUUUUAGAGCUAAAUACGAAAAGAAGAGAGUUUUGUCUCCUGUCAAACGACUCAAUGAAUCAACUGCAGAUAUUGCUAGCACAGUAUUCACUUUUGUUGAUCAAGAGCGUACUGCUAAAGAAAACGAGUCUAAUCCUACAGAAACAGCUUUGGCUCAGUUGUAUGCUCAUAUCCAAAGUCUGCCUGAAUCGUCUAAAAAAAGAAAGUUGAUAAAACAGUUUAACAAGGAAAAUGGAUAUGGUACACCGUUGCAAGCCAUAAAAAGUAGUAAGAAUAGAAGUAUAGGUGAUUCUAUCAAAAAACACAUCUUUCAAAAACAUCUGGCUAGGCGGAAAGGAUUUGUGGUCAAAAAUUCACCUUCUGGGACAGGAUUUGAGGAAACGAUGAUGACUCCUCGAAGUCGAAAACCAGUAUUAUUACUUUCCGGUACAAACAUCCAUACAUUACCAAAGACCGAUCCAACAAAUUACGUAAUGGACAAUGUAAUAGAAGAAAAAUUAGAAACGCCAAUGUCAAAUUUCCAGACGAAUCCGCCUGUCAAAUCGAAGAGCGAAGGAGACAUCAACAAAGAUACCAAAGUAGACGUGUCAAAAAUGAAUAAAAGUGAAUCCGACGCCAUUCUUAGUGAUACUUUUAAAGAAUAUUUAAGCAAUAGAGACAUUGUUACGAUUUAUUCGCCGCAGGAUUCGAGUUUUUCAAGCAGAACUGACGACUUUACCUCCACGGAAUACACAGAAGGACAACUCACAGAAUCCUUAUUGUAUUGCCUUGACGGCAAUAACCCAGAUGAAGGUGUAGAAGAGGAAGAAGAAGAGAAAAAGUUGGUGCUCAAACCUAAACAGUUUGACGAAAAUGGCAAGCCCAUUAUAUUUGAAACUUCUUUUUAACGAUAUGUUCCAGAUGCUAGAAAGAAUUUAGAAAAUAGAGAUAUAUUUAUAAAUAUUUUUUAAAUAAAUAUUUUUAUG